CCUGAUAAAAUAUUAACUUGGCUUAGGAUAAUUUAAUAUCCUAUGACUAAAUCCGGUCACAGAAAUGCUUAACCGUAAAAUAACCCACAAUUAUAUAUACAUGUAACACGAGAGAGUUUCAACUUACAACCACUCUGCAAAACAAGAAAAGAGAAGAGAAGAAGCAAAAAAAAUGAAGCUUUCCUAUGUUCACUCCAUCAUGUUAACUAUCCCUCUCCUUCUGGCAAUCUACUGCUGUAAUGCAGCUGACGAUCCCACCUUUGGCUUCACAGAAAUCCCACUGAACAAAUCGAACUUCUUCCUCCAGAAACCAUACGACGUCCCUCUCGACCAGCGCUACAGCUUCAUCGACGGCGUCCACCGGAUGUGGGUUUACGCCGACGACAAGCCUCACUUUCGCGGCAGCAUUUCCAAGCCCCGCACCGAGAUCCUCAUCGCUGGGUUGAACUACAAGUCGGGAGUGUGGCAGUUCGAAGGGUAUGGUUUCGUACCCAACGGCACGUCGGGAGCCACCGUAGCUCAGAUUCACGGCUCGGCCCACCGGAACACCACUUUGAUUCUGAGGGUCUACGCGCCGGGAGAAAUGAGGUACUACAGCUAUCUCCACGUGGCCGACGGGCUCUACGACAGGUGGUUCCGGCUGAACAUGAUCCACGACGUCGACGGCGGCAGGGUGACCGUGUUCUUGGACGGCGAGCAGAAGUUUCAGUAUCCCGACCAUGGGCCCGGCGGCAACAUGUACUUCAAGUGCGGCGUUUAUGCGGCUUCCGCUAAUAUCAGCUAUUAUAUGGAGUCCAUGUGGAGGAACAUCAAAAUUUAUAGAAAGUAGCCAAUUGAAUGAUUUUGUUAGAAAUAUGUUCUUUUUUUCUUUUAUAUUAUAAUAGUUUUUUUUUGGUCCGGUGCAAAGCGUGGGUAGAAGACUAUUAUUAUAUUUAGAAUUUUAUCCACUCAUCGGUUGAAGUCAAAUUAAUUCACCUAAAUCGUGUUUGGACAAUAUAAUCUUAUAGACUUUAUGAAGUCUCGUGAUAUUAUUACCGAAUAUUUAUGUAAUACGUUUGUUUCAUCCAUAUAUAAGAAAUAAUUAUAUAUGAAUUGAUGGGCUCUCGCCCCUUUGCUUUGUUCUUGUCUUCCUUUUGGUCUUCUAGUUGCUGUGGUUCAAUGCUUCUGAACCCGCUUCUCUUUUUUGGUUUGUACGAGCUUUGGACUUCUUUGUUCUUUGCCAUUUUAAUAUAAUUUUCAUCACCAUUAUAAAAAAAAUUAUUCUUAUGUAAGCUUUAUCUAGUGUCUUAAUUAUUACCGACAAUGUUCAUUAAAUUAAUAUAUAAGAAACGACUAUCAAUCAAUAAGGUAUUUCUAACGUAUUUGUAAUUUACAUAAGUAUUAUAGAAUGAUCUUGCAUAAAUAUUCUUAUAUAAUGUGCAAUUUAAUAAUAUAAUUAAGUUAAGGAAAGUAUCAUAUUUGAUUAAAUUAUUAUGUAAAAGUUACUCACCUUGGAGAACUAGAGAAGCAUAAUAGAGAAAUAAAUUUGAAGAACAUAAGGAAAAAGAUACUAGAUCAUUUAAAAAAAAAAUUUAGGGGGAAAAGAGUAACAAGACUUAACUAGAAAACACCAAUUUAAAGAGGCCGCUGGCCGCUAUUCAGAAUUCGUGCUUAUUCCUUGGCUACUUCCACUUCAAAUCCGGCCGGCCACUAAUCUUAGCUUAGCUUUUAGUAAUUUAACAUGUAAAUCUAGCAGGUUGCGUCACCGUUCAAGUACUUAAUUGUGUUGGGAUAAUUACACUAUUAUUUGUUAACUUUGAGGAUAUACAUAUUUCAGUGGUGCUAACUUGUUAGUUGUUUGUAUUCAUUCGUAGGGCUAGUGAACUAAAGAUUCUCUAAUAUUAUUAAAACAUUUAAUUAAUUUUAAGAAGUCGAGGUUUCCGAAAGAAAAUCAAUACACGAGGUUAAAGUUUGCACAAACCCAUCAUACAUGUUUACUUAAAUCAAUGGUUAAUAUUGAAGGUCGUGGAGAUUCAAACACAUAACCACUUAGUCGAAACAACUCUGAUAUCAUGUCAUCAUCAUAAACUAAUUAAUUUCAACCUUCGUGUGUAACAAACAAAUGGUUCUUUAAUUUAUUUUAUUUCAUGUGCGCGGUGUUCGAUAAAGCAAAGGGUUGAAAGUUAGGUACCAGUAUUUGAAAUAUAGAAUUCCGUACCGA